UAAGUAAAGUAAACACCACAGACUAAGAUGCUAUUGCAACAUAUCUCAUAAGUGAACCAUCGGUGAGUGUUUGACCUAAAACAUGAAAACUUAUAUUUUCGGAUCGAAGUACGAAUACAAAUUUUGUAUGGUGUAUUUGCCAGCCAAUAGAAUCGUUCCCUUUUUCACCAAUCAGCGUUAAGCCCGCCAAUGUAUAAACAGUUUUAUAAGUGUCGAACACUUAAACGGAAAAUAUAGUUCUUGUUCUAUAUUCUCGUGAACUUCCCAAUGGCUCGUACAAAGCAAACUGCUCGUAAAUCAACUGGCGGAAAAGCUCCACGCAAACAGCUCGCCACAAAGGCAGCUCGUAAGAGCGCUCCUGCCACCGGUGGAGUCAAGAAGCCUCAUCGAUACAGGCCUGGCACAGUCGCUCUUCGUGAGAUCCGUCGUUACCAGAAAUCCACCGAGCUGCUGAUCCGCAAGCUGCCUUUCCAGCGUCUUGUGCGAGAAAUCGCUCAGGAUUUCAAGACCGAUCUGCGUUUCCAGAGCUCCGCAGUGAUGGCUCUUCAAGAAGCUAGCGAGGCUUACCUUGUUGGUCUGUUUGAAGACACCAACUUGUGCGCCAUCCACGCCAAGCGCGUCACCAUCAUGCCCAAGGACAUUCAGCUAGCCCGCCGAAUCCGUGGAGAGCGAGCAUAAAGUGGAUUACAUCCCUCACAAUACAAACGGCUCCUUUAGGAGCCACCAAAUCAGUAAAAGGCAAUGACCAACAUGAACCUGACAUAAAUCAUGAAAAGUUCGCUUUUGUUGAAGAACGAUAAAAGAUCAAAUCUUUCUAUGAUUGCUGGCAUAAGCACAUUUUAAAUCAUUUCCUUUCUGUGGAAAUGCUAUUGCCAUUUUCUCUUUCUUGCUCAGAUUCUCUGGCAAAAUUAUUUUCACUUUAAAAAAUGAACAGAAUUUAUAGAAAUCUUUUUAUCAAAAGACGGUUUGCUAAUCAGCGUUCGCCAUUUAGCACCAAAGUCAUUCGGGCGCGCGUCCCUUAAAUGAUUCUUUCUGCAACAUUGUAUCUUUGAAACCCUAUUAUUGAACGUACCUCUUUCAGUUGUAAAAAAAAAAAAUAAUAAGAAGUUUUAUGAUUGAUUCAUUUUGUACAUGAGUUUCCGCCCUUUUCUUAUUCUCUCAGCCGACUAGAUCUUCCAACAAAUUUUGGCGCCAUAAUUAGUGAUGGAAGAUCCGGUUUCAGUUGGAGUUGUUACAAGUUCCCAAAGUUUACAGAACUUUGGGAUGAAAAAUACUGUAUGCCAUUCCCUUCGUUCUAUCCGAGGCAUUUCUAAUCUUAAAUCAUAGUACACAACUCGUACAACUCUUCGCCUAGCGAUCAACAGCGUUAAGAAAUUUGGCGCUUGAUAUAUACAAAUAUACGUUUGCAACUUGCAACUGGGCACGAAAUCUCACAUCAUACCAAUGUUAUUGACCCAUGGCUAUUCACUCCUUGAAGUCGAGGGUUUGAAAGUCCUACUACUACAGUAUUUAAGUCAUUUAGGCUUAAGGAAAAAAAUUGCGCUUUAUUAUUCAGGAAAUGUUCGUUAGAUAAAUUUGCGCGAGUCAGUAUUGGUGCAUAUACUGUACAAAUGCAUGAAGAUAUAUACCCAUUCAGUGUUUCGUUCUCUUUACCAAAAUCGUAGCAUUGCA